AUGGGCGACUCAUUCACAAGCUCUCAUACCCGCAACUCCAUGGAGACGUCAGCGUUCAUAACACCUCCGAGGCAAGGACAUCGCUUUAAACCCCACCGACCACUAGCGCGAGCCGCUGGGGAACAACACAGCCGGCGCUCUCCUUCGAACCCGCCAGCUGAGCUGUCACCAAAACGACGCUGUGUAUCUGCAGGUACGGCGUCGACAUCUCAGAGCUUCUACCCUAGCCCAGAACCGGACAGGACAACUCCAGUACGAAAAGGACGAUCUCCGAACACCACCAAGCCAAAGCCCGCAGAAGUCAUCAGUCUCAUCUCAGACGAUGAAUCUCCUGCACUAAAGCGGCCUUCCACUCAACCCAAUAAGUCCGCUGUCUCGCGCUCGGCACCUGAAGUGCCCUUGCCUCAAAAAGCCGAGAUCAAAGUGACAACACCAGAUCGCCGAAAUCAAGAACCCAAGGAACUCAUCAGUCUCAACCAAGAUGAUGAAUCUCCUAGGCUAAAAAGGCCGUUCACUCAACCACACAAGUCCACUGCCUCUCAGUCGGCACCUGAAGUACCCUUGGCCCACAAAGCCAGAAUCAAUGUGACAACCCCAAAACGCCCUAUUCCACCUCGUCAGGCUCAGAGUGAGCCAGCCCGGGGACCAAGCACAAGCAUUUCUAAAGCAGACAAAAAGAUACAAGACUGUUUGAGAAAGCCUCUGCCUGCAGGUCAAAAAAAGGACGAAGUAGGCAACAAUUACAUAUUUGAUAUCAUCACUGCAGACGGCUCCGGGGUUAGGCUCGUGAAAAUCGGCUCCACUAGCGGCUCCGAACGACUUCGUUUGCAGAGGAUCGCCAAAGCUUGCCGGCAUUUAAAGAUCGAAGAACAGGAUGACCCUGAGCAUGUACCUAUUCGACUUUACAAAAGAGCCGAAUUCCUCAUGCAUGCAGAGCUGGAGGGCUUCAAGCAUUCCUUCAAUUGCCAAUGCAAAGUGCAUGACCAUAGAGAGUAUUUUCAUGUCGACAAAUCGUUUGCUCUUGAGGUUGUCCAGCGUUGGAGGAGAUUCUGUGAAGGAGAACCGUACGACAACGAGGGCAAGCUAAGGCCAUUCUGGGAGCAUAGACUUAGGAAGCUUAGAGUUUGGAAACCAGAUACGAAAGUCGACCGAGAACAACAGGGAGGCCGCUGGGAAUGGUUCAUCAACCCGAAGCGGUACGAACCUUUGCUUUUCGAUCUCCAACAUGAAUCCUUAAAGCUGUGGAAGUGGAGGUGGCUUACUUUGGCACUGCUUCAAUCCUUCGUGAACCUACUCAACUCCUUACUGCAAGCCACUUCUUUGAAAGUUCCUGCCUUUUUCCUAGUGGCGCUGUUACUCGGAGCUUGGGCAGAGACAUGCGGCAAAAGUUUGCCAGCAUUCUUAAGUGUUUCUAGCCGGGCAACGGGCGGCAAUCGAAAGUCGAUUCAGCGCAGGACUUCAACAAUUGGUUCAGCCAAUAAUGAAGGCAAUGCAAAAGCUAUUGCAGGAGAACAGGAGCAUCCUACAUCAAGAGAUCUAGGACGAGAGGCAUACCAAGAGCAAAAAGACGUUAAUAGCGAUGGUUCAUCUGAGAUCAAAUCUCCUCAGAUCGAAAUGGAGGACAACAUCGAUUCUAUAUCAACAGACGAUGGUGGGAGCGUCGUUGGUGAUCAAACCGAUUUGUCCGUGUUUGAUUCAUAUUGUGAAUAUGGUCAUGGCAGCGGCCAGUCCAGUGGAGGCGGAUAUCUCGCAAAAAUUGGUGAUGGAUCCAACCUCGCAUGA